CUGGGUUAGAGAAAUGAAAGAAAGCAAGUCCCGCUGGGGCACUGGGCACAGUCUGCAGUCACACGCCUGGCCUGGGAUCGGGACCUGGGGACCCCUGGAGCAGAGCUGGGAGCUGGAGCUGAGGGAGGACGGAAGCAGGACCAGGCAAAGCCAUGAUAUUUCCAGGGAAAUGCCAGAGUGCUCAGAGGGUCUUCCAGGUGUGGGUGUGGACAGUGCUCUGUUGUGACUUCCCUCCGCACCACGGAGCCGACGGCUGGACCUACCAUUAUUCUGCGACACCCAUGAACUGGCUGAACGCCAGGAGGUUCUGCCGGCAGAAUUACACAGACCUGGUGGCCAUCCAGAACAAGGGCGAGAUCGAGUACCUGAACAGGACGCUGCCCUUCAGCCGCACGUACUACUGGAUAGGGAUCCGGAAGGUCGGAGGGGUGUGGACGUGGGUGGGGACCAACAAGUCCCUCACGGCAGAAGCCGAGAACUGGGGAGACGGGGAGCCCAACAACAAGAAGUCGAAGGAGGACUGUGUGGAGAUGUACAUCAAGAGGAGCAGGGACGCGGGGAAGUGGAAUGACGACGCCUGCCACAAACCGAAGACGGCGCUCUGCUACACAGCUUCUUGUCAGCCCUGGUCAUGCAGUGGUCACGGCGAGUGUGUGGAAACCAUCAACAACAACACCUGCACCUGUGACGUGGGCUACUAUGGGUCCCAGUGCCAGUGGGUGGUUGCGUGUGAGCCUCUGGAGGGCCCGGCCGGGGGCACCAUGGCCUGCACCCACCCUCGGGGGGACUUCAGCUACAGCUCGCGGUGUGCCUUCCGCUGCUCUGAGGGGACAGACCUUGCCGGGACGGAGGAAACCACAUGUGGACCGUCUGGAAACUGGUCAUCUCCGGUCCCCACCUGUCAAGUGAUUCGCUGUGAGCCGCUAGCAGCACCUGACUUGGGGGCCAUACACUGUAGUCACCCCCUGGACAACUUCAGCUUUAACUCCACCUGCACCUUCCGCUGCUCAGAAGGGACGGAGCUGAUCGGAGAGAAGAGAACCGUCUGUGGGUCAUCUGGAACCUGGUCGAGCCCUCGUCCCCUGUGUCAAACCCUUCACAUCUAGGCUCACUGUCUCAGCUGACAUGUUCCUCAUCCAGCCUUCUAUCCCAGCACAAGCUCACGUCUCCGUCGGCCCACUGAAAUGCCACCACAAAGCUCACCACUAACCACGAAAUUCCGAAAGCAGUGGCACUUCCCAGUGAUCAUUAAGCCGAAUCAUCCCAAAUCCGUCUGUGUAUGAGGGCUAUGUCUCCGUCAUCCCUCUGUACCUUCCCCCUGACGCUGCGUGCUAAAUAAAUACAUAUACUCGAAAGACCAGCUGCCCAUGUCUACCCCGAGACCAUUUGAGUCAGGUGACAAGAGUCUUGUAGACGUAGGAUCCGUGGAAGCUGUCAGAGAAGCUGGUCUCUGGGGGGCGCGGGCCAGGGAGUGGGUAGGAGUCCGGGUCUGCAGGGGGGGCUGUGUCAGGGUAGCGGGCCUUUCCUGUUAAGGCUGGGCUAGUGUUCAUGUCCUCACCCUCACGCAGCCAAUAGGUGCCCUCUGUCUGCAGCCUCUGGGACCCUGAGCCUCCUUUCCAUUGCAUAGUUGGGUGUGGGGAUGGCAGCACCUUGAAGGGGUUCCUCAAAGUCAUGUGGAGAAGAAGGGUUGCCAUCAGACCCUGGGCCAACGUGCAAAAGGAAGGCCCUUCGACUGGUGCUCUCCGGGUAUAGAUUUUUCCACAUUGGUAUUUUUUUCAAUAAAGGUUCGCAAAUGAACUUAGUUCCCACUUACAAGAGGACACCGAGAUGUAUUCCUUACGUGAUAGUGAGGGAAGUGGGGGGAGUGAACCCUUUGACAGACAGGUCAGUGCCGGCCCUGGGCACGUAAACCCCAAGAGCAGACGUCGGCACAGCUGCUUCGAAGUAAAAGCAUUGACCCUUCCUGUGAGUGACAAGUUACCUGGUUCGGGUCGCUGGCUUUUUAGUGCUCCUCUAACUUAGAGUGCCAGCCGUCCGACAAGGCACCCAAUGCAGCGACGCCCCCUUCCUGACCACCCGUCCAGGUGCCCCCCCAGGAGCCCCAUGCAUCACAGAUCUGGGAACUGAGGCUCCACAAGCAUUGGGCUAGAAGAGCCGGUCCCGCCUUUGCCUCUGCAGUCGACUCGGUGGGCCUUCCUGUGCCCAUUUCGUCUGUCAGAGGGCAUCAGACGGGCAAUCGCGGGGAGGUGGGAGGAGGGGAAGAGACCAAGGCUAG